AUGUUGAUCUCCGCCGUCGCGAUAGUGGCCUCCGUCGUCUCCGGGUCGCUUGAGGAGACCGUGGCGUCGAUGACAGCCACAUUUAGGAAUCCCCGUUUCUCUUCUCCCGGUACGAUAUCCAAGGCAAAGGUGAAAGCGUGGAGGGUUCUUGGGACUAGCUUGGCCCCCGCCGUUACCACCGUCUCCUCCGCCCUUCCGCCAGAGAAUGCCUUCCACGAGUGGCCAGGCGCGUUCAUCGGAGCCAGCGGUAACGAGCAGGCGACUCUGUUUCUUCCCUUUUACUACUCAUCAUCACCGUCUCCGAAAUACAAAAUCGUCGCCGCCUAUCACAUCGUACCAGAGAAACUCGUCUUCUCCGAUUUGCUCUCGAAGGCAAUGCUCUCCCGGCUCCCAACCCUUGUCCCAAGAACGUCAAUCGUCGUCACCAACACUUCAUAUUCCCGUUUUACCCUCGACGAUGUUUUGUUAGUGAAACCAGAUAUUUUCGUAUCUUCAUCAAUAGCCAUUCACGGCAUUGAUUCUCCGUUGGACUUCACCCGUAACGGUGGCUUUGGUGGCGGCGAGACAGAUACAUCGUAUUUUCUCGUUAUUGCAACAGCAAUAGCUAUUCGUUACAUAAGAUUUUUAGAGUUCCCGCAUUGA